AUGGAUAUUGCUCUAUGUUAAAAUCCCAAUCACGAUAGUUAAAGACUAAAAUAUAUAUGUGUAGAUCCCAAUUGUAGUGUUCCUAAAAAAAUAGGUAUUUAUUAAAUUUAUUUAGGUUGUGCUGAUUGUUUUCUUGAUGAUCAUAUAACACAUAUUAGAAAAACAACAACUUAAUUUAAGGAGCAUAUAUGUUAAUCUAUUGAAUCUAUUUCUUAAGUUGAAUUCACAAAAGUGAAUAGUUCUCCUUAAAAGGAUUUGGAUAGUCAAAUAGAUUAUGAAUUAGAAAAUUGCAUUGAUAGCAUAAAAUCAAGAUUUUUAUCUAUUAAAGGUGAUUUAAAGUGUUAGAUUGAUAGUGAUAUGUUAAAAGUACAAGAUAAUUGUACUUAAUUUCAAUAAAAUAUGAACAAUGAAUUAAAUCCAUUCAAAUUCACUAUUCAAAAUGAAUUGCCUACUUUGAAUCAUAAUGAACUAAAUUAAUUAGUUAAAUUUUAUUAAGAGGCUCCUAAAAUUCACAAACAUUAUUCAAAAGCUACUGAAAUUCUAUAAGAUGAAAAAUAAAAAGUAAAAUAAAAAAAAUAAAAAUAUUUAAACAAAAUGAGAAGUAUAAUGCAAUUAUUACUAAAGGAAUUUAAUGAUUUAAUGACAACUAAAAAUGUAUAAUUUGAUGAUUGUAGUGAAUAUGAAACUCCAUAAAAAUAAAUAAUGUCUCCUAAUAAAAUGAUAAAUCUUGUAGAAACUGCACGUUCUACAAGACGAUUUCCUAUGUCAUAAUCUUAAAAAAAAUAUUUCUUAUCUGCUGUAUCAAAAAAAUUAGAUUGA